AUGAUGAAUUCGACCAAUUACAGAAAUUUCAAGUGUUGCCCACAGUGUGUGGAUCCGCCUUUGAACUGCUCAGAUCAACCAAAUGCCCACCGAGUACCAAAGAACGAACUCAGCGACUCCGAAGCCGGGUCGACGGUGAAGAACUUUGCAUUGCGCAUUAAGGUCGCGCGCAAGAACCUUGGCAAAGACUUGGAAGACAAUGGCGACCAGAUCCUCUCUAGAUGGAAGAAGUGGCCCAAGGUUAAGCGCGAGGCCAUGUUGCGUCAAGUCGAGCCGGAGAUGGAGGACACCUCUUACAGACACACCAAAGAACCCUUAUGGGGUCAAGGCGCAACCUUCCGAAUAUCGAAACUGCCAUACCUCGACAUCGAGACAUUAAGGGAUAAUCCUAUGCGACUCCUCAGUCUGAUACACUACCGUUCCACUUAUACCCCAGGCGAAUGGGUGCCGUAUGACAUGUCGCGCAUGUUGGGCAUAUGGCGGUCGCUCGACGGAAAUCGACAAUGGUUGGCCGUGAUUGGGUCCGGUCUCAAGCUUCCUGGCUCAGUCGAAUGUUGGUCUGAAUUCGCAAACCCUUUUGCAUGUCCGCCUGCCUUCGACGCACAGCGAUGUUGUGAACAGCUUGAGGCGGACCUUGCCGAGGCCGAGGAUCAUCUGGCCCUCUUGCAGACCAGCUCUGAGUACCUGCAUACAUACCUGCGAGGACACGGCACACUCGAUCCACUCAUUAGGCCAUUGCACAAGGUCAUCUCCCUUCAAAUGGUCAAGAAGCAAUGCGAAAUGGUGAGAGACGCCAGCAGGAUUAAGAUGCAGAACAUCACGCUCGGCAGUGGUGCAGUUCCCAGGCCUUCCGACAGAGCGUUGUCUGGGUUGUUCAACGAGACAUACGCUCUAUGCAGACAAGCGAAGCGGGACCUUUUCACGAUCAUCAAAGACAGCACAGAAUUUGGUUUCGACCACCCACUCGAGCUCCGGCCUUGGCUCGACGAAGACAAAUUAAGAGGGUUUCUAUACCAACUCCCUCUUUGCCGACCAUACGGCACUUCCACCGAAGAGGCCGGCAUUUUCAAUGGGAUCGAUGAGCAUCUGGCGAGAGCAGACAGCAGAGAGCGCUCACGGAUCGACCGCGGCAUACUCCAACAGUUGAGUUUUGCAGCGACUCUGCAGCUAAUCCAGACGAAUAUAGCUCUGUCAAAUCAUCAUGUCAUCAGCUCUGGAGUCGUGGCGGUGUGCCAUCCGGAAUUCGACUGUCCGCCUGAGAUUGUGAUCAACGGGAAGAGUACUGCACUGGAGAAAUUCCAGAAACACUGCUGGCCCAAAGGACAGCGCAACGAGGAAUGGCUCGCCAAAGCGGACGAGGAUCGCCGUCUUAUGCUUGAGCUGUGGAAUCGUGCACGACAAGAGUACAGCAACAUGCUGAGCGCAGCAAGAUGGCCCGCGGACUUGGUCGAUCGAGUUAUGUCCAGUGUUGCCGCGGACCAUUCCCCACAAUAUCGAGCAGAGCUCGAGGCAGAGCGGAGCGAAGUACAGGAAAAGAUUGCCGUCGCAAAACGUCAGAAUACAAUAACGAAAACAUACGCGCCAGUACAGACAAUGUGGGGACCAGAUACACGAGAAUCCAAGACAGCAGUUGCCCUUGGUCGCACGAAACCAAAGACUCGACCAGCAGAACCCGUUCUACAAGACAUUAGCAACGAGCAGACUGUCCGUCGAGGGACCAACGCGAUUGAAACACCUGUAGGCGGGUUACAAGAUCGGAUACCAGUGAACACAAACAGCCUGCGCGUCCUCGCCAUCCUCUUCGGGGUGGGAAACUCGAAAGCAACCGUCAAGUGGCAAGAGAUCGUGACCGCUCUGACCGACGCUGGCAUGGUAGCUAUGAACUCAGGCGGCUCGGCCGUGACCUUCAAAAUGCUCUCUAAAAGCGACUCGGGCUCCCCGCGAAUCGUCUUCCACAAACCACAUCCGGAUCCAGCUGUCGAUUCAAUUACACAGCUCUGGAUGGGGAAGCGGCUAAAUAAGUGGUUUGGGUGGGACGCGGGCACAUUCGUGAAGAGGCAGAAAUCCUCCGCGUGCCUGUAG